AUGGAAACAUAUAAAGCAAUAAUUUUUGAUAUAGGAGGGGUUUGUGUAGGUUCACCUUUAGAAGGAAUUUCACAAUACGAAAGAAAACAUAAUUUACCACUAAACUUUAUUAACGUGUCAAUGUAUGCUGGAGAAAACGGUUCCUUUCAACGUUUAGAACGAGGAGAAAUUAAAGUACAUGAAUUUCUUAAAAUAUUUAGUGAAGAGAUGUCAAAUCCUAAAAAUAAAGAAUUAUAUCUUGAAUAUCUUUUAUUACGUGGAGAUAAAACAAUAUCUAAUGAAACAUCAAUAUUUCCAGCUACCAUAAAAAUUGAAGGAAAAGAAUUAUUUCAAAAAAUGAUAGCAGAAACGACAAAACUUAAUCCAAUAAUAUUUAAAGCAAUAAAAAAUCUUAAAGCUAGCAAUAAAUUUAAAAUUGUAGCAUUGACAAAUAAUUUUCAAAUUUCAAAUGAAGAUUCACAAAUAUUGGAAUUUAUAGGUGAUGUACCUUUAGAAUUAAAAAAUUUAUUUGAUGAAUAUAUUGAGUCAAGCAUUAUUGGAAUGAGGUAA